AUGUCUCUCCGCAACGGGGACCUCAAGGCCCACCGCCCACGGUUACCCUCGCCGCAGCCUUCCUUUGCGCGCGCAAUCACCAUACCCUCUGCCCGCGACAGUCCCGCGAGCAUAUCCUCUCACUUUGGCCGCAAUGGCAGCCUCUCCUCAACCCCCGAGGGCAUCGUGCCUCUGACAAGCUGCUCUUUGCCCGCCGUGCCCUCCUACAUGCUGCCCGAAUCCCUCAUCCAGCCGCCCAUGAGCACGCCGCCCACAUCCUCCCCCAAUGCUAUGGCCGAGGCUCUUAGCAGGGGUCCUGGAUUGAUACGAAGAGUCAGUCGCGGUGCCCAGGGUUUGCCUAACAAGUUCCGGCGCGGUGGCUCGGCCGCCCAACGGGAAAAGAGCUCCGGGCCCGUCAUCAUGCGUCGGAGGAGCAACAGCAGGACAGCUGUCGAGGGCGCCAUGGAACUGUCCGAUCUUGACAUCAACUACCUCGACGACGAAGACGCAGAAUUGGCCGUGGACGAGGAUGGUGACCCCAUAAUUGAUGCCCUCGGCAUCGCCUCCAGCCGACCCAUGGUCAGCUCAAUCCCCUCUACCACUGUGUCGGCGCCGAAGCGGAACUCCCGCGUAGAGCAAGGCACACUGCUGUUCAAGGUCACCAAAAAGGCCAAGAAGAACAUCAUCCUGCGGCUCGACCUGGACUCUGCAAAGGUUUUCUGGGACUCUUCCCGGCCAUGGAAGUUUUUCUACAUUGACGAUGUUAAGGACUUCCGCACUGGAGCUGAUGCCAAGCACUACCGCGAAGAGUUGGGAUACGACGAAAGAUACGAGCCGUACUGGCUUACCAUCGUAUACUCGGACACAAGCCGCUCCAAGGGCAAAGUCAAGACCAUGCACCUCAUCGCACCAGACGUGUUCGUUUUCAACAUGUGGACCGACACUCUCAACGCCGUGUCACGCGACCGGAUCGACAUGAUGGCCAGUCUUAUGGGGUUUGGAGAGAAGAGUGCUCGACUUGUUUGGGAUCGCCAGAUGAAGAGGCGUUUCAACGGGAAAGUUCACGCAUCAGAGGAGGAAACCAUGGAUCUUCCGGGCACCAUCGAACUCUGUCGCAGUCUGCACAUCAACUGUUCCGAAGAGAUGCUUCGGUCGUAUUUCGUCGAAGCUGAUCAAGACCACACUAAUAGCCUCAACCAAGAAGAGUUCCUGCACUUUGUGCGACGGCUGAGGAAGAGAAAAGACCUGAAGCAGAUCUACAAGCAGUUCACGCCUGCGCCCAACUCGGGCAUGGAUCAACACACCUUCUUCGAGUUCCUCCAGCGAGAACAGGGCAUUGACGUCAAUGCCAAUGUCGAACAUUGGAUCUCGGUCUUUGAGAAGUUGGCCGGUGCCGCCAAGCCCAAAGCGACGCCGCCGGAUGUUGACGAGAUCCCGCUUCCUCCAACCAUGAACUUCCCAGCGUUCCAAACUUUCCUCACCUCCGAUGUGCACAACCCCAUCUUCAAGCCAAACAACUCAACCUCGAAGCUCGACCGUCCCCUCAGCGAAUACUUCAUCUCCAGCUCCCACAACACCUACCUCCUAGGCCCUCAAGUCAAAGGAACAUCCAGCACCGAAGCCUACAUCACCGCGCUCCAGAAAGGCUGUCGUUGUCUGGAGAUUGACUGCUGGGAUGGCAAUGAUGGGAAGCCAAUCGUCACGCAUGGGCGAACGCUUACUAAGAGCAUCACUUUCCUUGAUGCGAUCAAGGUCAUCGACAAGUACGCCUUCGUGGAAUCUCAAUAUCCCCUGAUUCUGUCGCUUGAAGUUCACUGCUCGCCUGAUCAGCAGGCUAUCAUGGUCAAGACCAUGCUUGAGGAGUUCGGCGAUAAGCUUGUGCUUCAGCCAAUAACGGACAGCUACCACUUGCCGUCGCCCGAGGAGCUCAGAGGCAGGAUCCUUAUCAAGGUCAAAGGUCCUCCCGAGGAACUUGACACGAGAGCCCUCGCCCAAGAAUUGACCACUCGCAAACGUGAGCGUAGCUUUAGUUCGCCGUGGUCCCGUCCAGUGCAAAUGGAUAACAGCGUCAUCCCCAAUUCUCCGCUUGUCUCGAGCCCUCAUUCCUUGAGCCCCCCUGAGCGUGCGAAUGCUUUUUGGGCAUCUCCUCGUACCUCGGCCACGUCGACAACAUACAUUGCCACACCAUCUCUUAUCAGCUCUGCAGACGACAGCGAUAGCCCUCAUGCAACUGCCGCCGAGGACCAAGAGAAGAGGAAGCCGAAGAAGACGAAGACAAGCAACAUUACCGAUGUGCUGGGACGCCUAGGCGUCUACACUCGGGGCAUCAAGUUCACCGACUUUGAUGCGGUGGAGGCUGAUACUCCCAACCACGUCAUUUCUUUCAACGAACGUACCUUUGACAGGCUCACCAAAGCUGGUGGACGCGACAAGCAGCGUCUUGAGGCGCACAACAUGUCGUGCUUGAUGCGCGUGUACCCCAGCGGGCAUCGCAUCAUGUCAAGCAACUUCGAUCCCCUCCGAUUUUGGCGUCGCGGCGUUCAAAUGGCUGCCACCAACUGGCAAACGUACGAUCUUGGGCAGCAACUGAACGAAGCCAUGUUUGCUGGCGGCAACGACCGAAGCGGCUACGUCCUGAAGCCUGCCGAGCUCCGCCACCACGAUCAGACGCCUGUGGUUGGUCCACGUCGAGCACCGAAGAUGGAAGUCAAGUUCACUGUGCAGAUCAUCUCUGCGCAGCAACUUCCACGACCGAAGACCGACGCCCCUAUUAGUCCGUUCGUUCAAUUCGAAAUGUACUGUGCCGAGGACGCUGGCCCUAAUGCGACUGGGAUCGGAGGUCAGGAUGUCUCGACCCACAAGGACGGAUACUCAGGCAUCGGUCAGCCGCUCAAAAAGAGGACACGCAUUGUCCCAGGAAACGGGUACAACCCUGAAUUCAAAGACGAGAUUGAGAUGACAGUAACCACGCGCUGUCCGGACCUGGUCUUUGUCCGCUGGACGGUCUGGAAUACCGUUGAAGGAAAGCCGGAGAGCGCCCCGUUGGCGCAGUUCACGGCUAAACUGAAUGCCGUUCAGCAGGGCUACCGGCACAUCCCCCUGUUUGACAGCAACGGAGAGCAGUACCUGUUCUCCAGAUUAUUCUGCAAGAUCAAGAAGCAAGACAUCGUUCCAGCUUCGACCUUGUCUGCUAUGGCUGGGCACAAUUCGCGUCGGGCAUCUGUGGAACCUAUGAGCCCGCCGUCGGAACAGACCAAUACCAGGUCCAACAGCAGCAACAUCUUCAAACGCUUGAUUCGAGCUCCCAGCGAGCGCAGGAAGCGCAAAGAAGAGAAAUCCAAUGGCGAUUGGAAAGACCAGGACUGGGACGUUAUCAGUCGCAGUAGCACGGUCGAACGAUAG